AUGUCGAUCCCGUCCUUCAAACGCCUCAUUCGUUUCGUUCCCAAGUCCGACCCGUCCAAGGUCCUGAUCGGGGAACCCGAGUCCGAGACCAUCGACGUCGGAGCCGCACUAUGGCGACGUGAAGAAAUAGCCGCCCACGUCUUUUCCGGCGCUUCGGUGCUGAAGCCCGGAUCCAAGACCGGGGGCCGCGAGAUUGUCGAGCGCGUGCUCUCGCCCUUGGCCCCCGAGGAAGUCGGGACCAUCCGCUGCAUCGGCCUCAACUAUGUCAAGCAUGCCCAGGAAGCCAAGUGCGAUAUUCCCAAUGUGCCGACCGUGUUCUUAAAGCCAAACACCUCCCUAGGCGACCCGUGGCCCGCCAAGACGGUGCUGCCAAAAGCGACGCAGGAGACUAACACGGGCGACUAUGAAUCCGAGCUCGCCGUCAUCAUCGGCAAAACGGCCAAGAACGUGUCCGAGGCUGAAGCUCUGGACUACGUGCUGGGUUACACGGCUGCCAACGAUGUGUCGAGCCGCGCCGCGCAGUUUGCUCAGACCCAGUGGUGCUACUCCAAGGGGUUUGAUGGCUCAUGUCCUAUUGGUCCCGUGAUUGCCUCUAAGGAGCUUGUGCCUAACCCGGCAAAGCUGCAAAUCCAGGGUUCAAAGAACGACGAAGUUGUGCAGGAAAGUGGAAUCGAUGAUCUCAUUUUCGGCGUCCCAAAAUUGGUGAGCUUCUUGUCGCAGGGAACCACGCUACCUGCUGGGACGGUCAUCAUCACGGGAACGCCUGCUGGCGUCGGUGCUGGGAAAAGCCCAAAGGUCACGCUGCAAGAUGGAGAUAGGUUUGACGUCAAAAUCAGUCCCCAUGUUGGGACUCUCAUUAAUGUUUUUGAAAAUGAAGCAUGA